AUGACCAUGGAAGCGUUGGAGAUGCUGACUCGGGCCAAGUUGGUGCGACUGGGACAGGGAAUAUCCGAACCUGCAGAAUUCUUCGAGUGUCUAAGGAAUCCGUGCUACCCUCGAGCACUCUGUGUGUCGUUUGGCAGCACUGAUGUGCUAGAGGGCCUUCCUCUGGGGCUAUUAGCAUGGAACGACACGUCAUCAAGACAGCGAUUUCAUUAA